AUGGCCACCAUCGGCGCAGCUUGUCGGGGAUUUCUCUACGCCUUCAACACCGUCGAGGUGACGGGCCUACAGAACCUUCUGGGAGUCCUAGAUAGGCGAAAGAAGUACGGCAAGGAUCGCGGCUUGAUUACCGUGUGCAAUCAUCUUGCAGUACUGGACGAUCCUCUAAUUUGGGGUAUUCUUCCCAUGCGCUACGCUUUCGACGUUGAGAACCUUCGAUGGAGUCUUGCUGCGCAUGACAUAUGCUUCAAGAAUAGUCUUACAUCUGCCUUCUUCAACCUCGGCCAAACCCUUCCCACGCACCGAUCAUGGCAUUCUAAGCUCGGUGGCCUAUACCAACCGACCAUGACGCAAGCACUGGGUCUUCUCUCCGGCCCUUCAUCAAUUCCAAAAAUCACAAAGUCAACCUACUCGACCAACGGCAAGGACAUCAUCCCUGCGCCGGCCUUUUACACGGCGAAUCGCAACGCCUGGGUGCACGUCUUCCCCGAGGCAUGCUGCCACCAGAGCGCCGACAGCAGCCUGCGUUACUUUAAAUGGGGCGUGUCGCGGCUCAUCCUGGAGAGCGACCCCGCGCCCGAGUUCGUGCCCAUGUUCGUUGACGGCACUCAGCACAUAAUGCCCGAGGAUCGCGGGUUCCCGCGCUUCCUACCCCGCGUGGGCAAGCGCAUCCGUGUCGCCAUCGGCGCCCCCGCCGACACGAACCUGCUCUUUGGGGCCUACCGUCAGCGCUGGCGCCAGCUGCGCGAGAAGAAGACUGACGAGGAGUUGCAACAUGGUCCGGAGGCGGCGCAGCUCCGCAUAGAGCUGGCCAAGGCGGUGCGCGACGAGAUUCUCAAGAUGCGCGCGACGCUGGACUUACCACAGGAGGUAGAUGAAACCGCGGCGCUGGCGGAAACGUGGGACAAGGAGCCGAACAAGCGCAGGUUCAAGAGUCCGGUAGACGGAAGUCUUGUAAAUCGACAUUAG